AAAAGAUUGAUCUGGCAACACCGACUGCCCCCACCUAACUACCGGAAUCACGCCGCCAUUUUUGUCAUUUCAUUUACGUUCGGCGGCGUGGUCUUGGUGCUUUGAGUUUUGGUACAUUGAUAUUCGUCUGGCCGUAUUUGCGACGGUUUAAAUAAUUUGUAAUCUGUUUUCGCAUAUAUCUUCGCACAGUUUUACUACCAUGAGUGACAGAGAGGGUAGCAGAUCUCCAGGACAUAAAAUGAAUAAUGAACAUUCACCCCAUCGAAGGGAGAGGGAGGAAUCUCCACGUAACCACAAGGGGAAAAGUUAUUCUAGAAGUCCAAGUCGCAGUAGGAAAGUAUACAGAGAAGGUGGCGGAGAGAAAAGGCGAGAUAGAGAUGAUGAAAGAAAAUACAGAUCUCGAAGUCGUUCCCGUUCUGCGAAACGGUACAAAUCAUCCCGUUAUUCUCGCAGCAGAUCUCGUUCAUACAGCCCAAUGUCCAGUAGACGCCGCCAUACAGGAACAAGGGACAAUCCAAAACCCUCCCGAUGCCUAGGUGUCUUUGGACUCAGUAUCUACACGACAGAAGACGAGUUGUAUCACAUCAUGUCAAAAUAUGGUCCUUUGGAGCGAUGCCAAGUAGUCAUUGAUGCAAAGACUGGCCGAUCCAGAGGGUUUGCUUUUGUUUACUUUGAGGCCACAGAAGAUGCCAAAGUGGCCAAAGAACAGUGCUCUGGUAUGAAAAUCAAUGGCAAGAGCAUAAGAGUGGAUUAUUCCAUCACAGAGAGAGCACAUACUCCCACACCUGGAAUAUAUAUGGGAAAGCCCACAUACAAAUAUUCCGAACGCUACGAUAGAAGGCGAGAUCGGGAUGAUUACUAUGGCGGCGGUGGCGGCGGAAGGAGCUCUCGUUACCGUAGACGUUCUCCUUCUCCCUAUUAUAGCAGCAGGAGACAUCGUUAUUCCCGAUCAAGAAGCUACUCUCCUCGUCGUUAUUAAAAGACUACUUGGGAAGGUUUCUUCGAAUGCAUUAUGGGCGUUUAUUUUCUUAGUAUAGUUAUAUAGCAUUCGAAAAAGGUUCAUUCCACCCCUCACUUCUUUUCUAUUCUGUUUUGUAUCAAGUUCAGUUAUAAAAGGGUUGGAAUAAACACUUUUAGAUGUUCGAUAUUUUUCCUGUGUAUAUUGAGGAAAUUCAAUAGAUAAAUGGGAUGCAUUGAGAUUCUUUUGCGGUAUAUUUCGCACUUGUAACUUCGUUACAUUCUUGCUUGGCAAUUUAAGGACUUUUGAUUUUUAGUUGCACAAACUUAAGUAAAUCUCAUUACAUCAUGUAAAUAUAACUUCUUUUUCGAAUCGAAUGUCAAUAAAUAUGCUAGUGACAGAUUAUGUACUGGUUCAAAAUUAAGUUCAAAUUGAUUAAGUAAUCAAUACUAAUCUUUUGGCAUCUUGCAUGAUAAUGACUUGAGAAUAAUUUGAGGAAAGUGACCCAUGGAAUUUAUUGUAAAUAAGUGUUUUUUUGUAUCUGUGUGCAUCAAAUAUGACGCUAAGCAGAUAGUAGUUUUUACACUAUUUUCACAUAUGACUCAAACUAUCGUAGAAGGUUAAUACGAUAGAACUUUAUCAGCAUUUUCCUCUAAUUGUAUCUUUUUGCAGUUUAGAAAAGUUUGCAAAAUACUCUUAGCUCUUGAUUAAAAUUAUCUCAUAUUAACUACAUUUUACAGAAAUCAUUUUUUUAGGAGUGGGUUCUCAUAAUUCUUUCAUACGGUCGUAAUAAUAAAGAACGGUAAUAAUAAAUUACCUGCUGACUAGUUUAUUUGUACAUUAAUAGCAUGCCUUUUGAAUAAAGAAAUCGUCUGACCUAAUUGUUAUGCAAAAUUAAAAUCGUUCACAAUCCCAUUUAUCUUGAGAAUGUAUAUAUUAUGUUUGGUUGCACCUUUUAUGAUAUAAAUGUGAAAAUUAGUAUAGUCCAAAUAAAUACGAUACCAAACUAACAUUUAUUUUUUUGUGCAAAGGGUAUAGAAGAGGUAAUGGAUGAUGAAAAAUUGCAAGUAGAUAAACAGAAAAAACAAUCGUAUCAAAUCUCAAGUUUCUAAGUGAAGCUCGCGCGAAAACCGAACACACGAGAAAAUUUCUUCAGUUCAAGUCGAUGACUGAAAAUAUGAAAAAAGAAAUCGUCCUCGAAAGAUUUGAGAAAACACUCUCGAAGAAUGAAAUCUUGAAACUCAAGAAGCGCUUCUCGUCAGGGAUAAACUAUCCCUUGAGACACUUAAACGUGUGGAUAUACAAAUAAAAUGAUUUCUAGCUACCUGUUUGUUGAAGUCACUGGGAACUACCUUUUUCUCCUCAACACGAGAGUGUAAGUAGCAAAGUCACACGCUCACAGUUAUUUCAUCCCUUGCAUACACUCAAAAUGGUGAAUGGUUUUUCUAAUGCUAAGUGCAUAGUGAUGGCGAAUGUUAUGUCUUAUAUAGAAUAAAUGAAUAAUAGAAUAGUUGAAAAUCCUGGGAUAUAACAAAAAAAUAUGUUACAUGUUUCCAAGUUGUACUGUAUUUUUAAUAUUACAGGAACAAGCCUCCUAAAUUGUACCAUUUAGAAAAAAUGGGUAAAAUUUCCAAUACUCCGGGGAUACUUUUAUUUUAGGUGUCAAGCUGUAUGAUUUUCAAAUGUUUCAAUUUUUAUUGUCUCUACGUUCCUAUUUUAGAACAAUAAAGUUUAUAAAAACAUUGUGAAUGGUACGAUUUGGGGGAGCAACUGUCAUAAUUGUACCUUUAGUGUUUCUAAUCAUACUUAUCUAAAAUCUACCACUUACGUAUGGUAACACAUGUGGAGGAUUCAAGAAUCUAUCUAGGUGGCAAGACAGUAAUAGUCGCAGGAUUCAUGUUCAUGUUUGUCUAGGGUGGUAAUUUUUCCACCAAAAUACAGCAUCUUAUUGAAAAGUAGUAGGCUUGGGUGCGUAGAAGGGGAGGAGGGCUCUAAAUCCGCCAAUGGAUGGCACCGGCAAGUGUACUUGGAAAAGAAUAUAUAUGAUUGUCGCGACAACGCUUCUUAUAAAGCCGCUAGGAAUAAUAAAAAAUCUUUAUUUCAAAAUAACAGUGCAUGAUUACGAUGUAUUACACACUGUUAGGUGAAAUAUACGUCACAGUGUCAUCGAGACAGGAAAAAAAAAUAACAUAAUGGAGAUUUUACAUUUCAAAAUAUUCUUGAUAGUCAUACGGUUCUAAAUGCAUUAACAGUUGAUAAAUACUCUCUGCAUAAAGCGGAGAUGUGUAAUUUCUGUAUAACCUCAUCUGGUCAAAAAUCGUUCAACAGAUUGCAGAUUUUCCAUUCAUUUGCAUGCUACGAGCUAGGCGAAUGUCACAGGAUCAGUAUAAUCCGUCAGCAUUUAUCAUGGAAUUUGAUAACACCUAACUGAGAAAAUAAUUUCUCCAACUUGAUUUUUUAACAAUGAGUUAGUCUUACGUCAAGAAUGCAACGAUACCAUUAUCACGAAAUUUUAUUGACGAGUAAUAAGAAAAAAAAUAAUGUGUUGGACGAUCCCGCAGCUGAAUGCAGUCCUGUAUACGUCUAGGCAUCGACAAAAUGAGAUGAUCGAUGUCUGUUGUGUUACCUCAUUCCAAGCAACUCGUACUUCGUGGAUUAUCUGUGGCGGAUGGUGCAAAGUGGAUAGUCUCUUCCCCCAACGUAUCCCAUACAUGAUCGAUGGGAUUUAAAUCCGGGGAAGGCGGUGGCCACGUCAAAUCAUUAACGCCUGCUUCUUAAAGAAAGUCCGUAUUACGACGAGCAAUAUGGGGACGUGCGUUGUCUUGUUGAAAAAGGACGGAUGGACGGCCGUCUAGAUACGACAGAAAAGUUGUUUGUAGGACAUCAUCAACAUAACGUGCAGCAGUCAUAUUGCCUUGAACAAAGAGAAGGGGUGAUCGGCUACCAUAGGUAAAUAGUCCUCCAAACCAUUACUCCAACAGUCCUGUGUACAUGCCUCUCAAAAGCAAAUCCAUUAUUACGCUGUUCUGCACGUCUAACCCUUCUACGACCAUGGUGCGUACCUAGACAGAAGCACGAUUCUUUCGCUGAAAAUGACAUUCUGCCUUCCAAUGUUGCCUUUUCUGCUCCAGUUCAAGCGUUGACGACAGUGCUCCACAGUCAAUGUACGCAUAGUAACAGGUGUACCUUAUCCUCCAAACCAUUGCUCAGCGAUUUGACGCGUAGUAGCAACACGGUCUCGUAGGGCUAGUUUCUGAAGCACCUAUCUUAACGCUCUGUGGUACGCCUCGGUGGAUCAGUUGGCCUUCUUCGUGUUCCUGUACCUUCUGUCCACACGCAUUACCGUCAUUGCAGUACAAUUGAUACGGCGCGGCGGCCAAUUUUGCGUUUCUUCACAAAAACUAAGAGAUAACGUUUUAACGGUAAAUAAAACGCUUUAAAUGUAGUCAUUUAUGUUGCCAAAAAAACAAGGUGGAGAAAUUAUUUUUUCUGGGUAUAAUACUUAUAAUGUUACUUGAGUAUACUUUAUGGACAGAACAUGACAACCGGGAACGGAUUUCGCGACAGAGCUGGCUCAUGGGGGGGGGGGGGGCUAAGGGCAGAUACAAACAAGUGUUGUUGUAAAUGUAGCUUAUGGACAGGACAUUUCAGUUAAGAACUGAUGUUGCAACAGGGUCGUAUUAUGGGGGUUAAAGGGUACUCGCGAGUUUGUUCGAAAAUCCUCCUAGAUAUCUAAAAUUUGCAGUACUAACAGAGUAGAGUUGAACUGAUAAUGCAUUUAGUGGCAUGGGCAAAAAGGGGUUUAGCGGCUGUAACUUUAAUAUUUACUUACGAUUAGACAGAGAGGUAUUUUUUAUACUGAAAAAUUUGGUUUGAAGCAAUGUGACAGUUUCAAAAUUUUAGUUAUCUUAUAAUUUUAAGCAUACGAAGUUUCUGGUAACAGCUACUGAUAAUAAUAAAUUCACUCAACCUGAAGAUUUGAAAACUACACGUAAAAAUAUAAUACAAGUAACCCGACACACAAAAAUACACAAGAUAAAAUACAAGUUUAUGUAAAAAGUAUGACAAAUUAAUAAUUUAAGAAUUCUUGAACAGAAUAAAAGCAGUUUUUAGAAAGAGCUCUUUUAGUGACCUGUUAAAGUUAUGUCCAUCACUCAUUGAUUUCCAAGAAUGAGGCGAAAAGUUGACGAGUUUGCCGCACAUAUAAAAUGGGAUACUUUCAUAUGAAGUUGCGUUGUGCUUAAUGGGUCUCGAAGCAGUGCUACCUCUGGUACAGUAGUUAUGUACAUUGCAGUUUUUCUAAUACGCGGUUACAUACUACAUGUGUAUAAUUGUAUAAUGGAAAGUAUUUCGUAGCUUGUUAAAAAAGGGCGACAUGAUUCCGUUGACUUGGUGAGUUUCCCCAAAAACCACAUUGUAUAAUAUUUGGGAGUAUAUCAUUGAGAAAUAAACAUUCAGCGUAGUUAGUUGAGUGAUACCAAGACAGCCUUUCAAUUUAAGAAUAGCUUAACACGUUUGCUGCUCCCGACGCACAUGUGGCGUCCGAGCAAUCAUUAUCUGAGUGCUCUCGACGCACAAGUGGCGGCCUGGUGUUUAUUCUCAUAUACCUACAUGACAAUCGAUGCGCACGGCAGUUAGGCUUAUGAUUUCGUGGGAGCACGUUCUUAAGGGUUUUAUUCAAGAGUUUUGCUGUGUGGUUCGAGUUUUCGUUUAAUUUUUUUUUUUUUGUAAUGGCCGAGAGUCCAACUCCAAGCCCUUCGGCACCGAAGUGCCUUAGAAUUAAGAAUCCCAAAGUUCUUACUGAAGAUGAACUGCGUGCAUUAGCAUACUUAUCAAGCUCGAGUGAUGAAGAGCCAUUACCGGACUCGGGCAGCAUCUGGAACAUCCGACGAGCGCCAAGAUGCAAUGUCUACUGCCUCUCAAAGCGAUAUGGAGCUGUUGGAUGUUGUGGGAAAUGAACAACAGUUAGUAUGGACAGAAUACCCCCCAAAUCUUAGGCAAAUUGAGUUUACUGGAAAGCAACAAUUAAAUGUACCAAUACCUGGUCAAGGGAAACCUAUUGAUUUUUUUUUUACUCCUGGCCGAUGACGAGUUCUUUGAAAUUUUAGUACAACAAACGAAUAUUUACGCAGAACACGUGCUACUAAACAAAUCGUCUGGACCUAACUCUAGGAUUAAUCGAUGGAAACCUACAGACAAAGAAGAAAUGACUAUGUUCUUGGGGUUGACAAUUUUUUUGGGAAUUCUUCAAUUACCUAGAUUGCGAGACUACUGGCGUACCAAUCGUUUUCUCAAUUUGCCCAUCAGAAAAUAUAUGAGCAGAGACCGAUACUUAAUUAUUUUGCGGUGCUUACACUUUGUUGAAAAUUCUCGAGAUUUGGAAAGUGACAGGCUAUACAAAGUUCGGCCAUUGCUCAACUUUUUCAACAGUAAAAUGGAAUCUGUUUAUUCCCCAGGCAAGAACCUUUCAAUAGAUGAAUCGAUGUUUUUAUGGCGCGGUCGCCUUGCGUUCCGACAAUACAAAAAAAAUAAAAAACAAGAACGGCAUUAAAUUUUAUUUGCUCACCGAGUCAACUAGCAUUGUUUAAAAUAUGCAAAUAUAUACUGGGGUACUUGAUGAUUUAGGUGGUAAAGGACAUGCUGCUAAUGUGGUCCUGCAUCCUAUGAGAAAUUACUGGAAUAAGGGAUACAGCCCAUACAUGGAUAAUUAUUACAAUUCUGUAACCCUUGCCAGCCAACUCUUAGAGAAAAAUACGUACUGCACGGGUACUUUGCGGGCGGGAAGAAAAGAAACUCCAGAAGAUGCAAGUAAGGCGAAACUAAAGCCUGGCGAAUCCGUUCAUCGAAAUGGAGGAAGUGUGUGUGUAGGUAAAUGAAAGGAUAAACGGGAGGUACUCUAUAUUACUAUGGAGCAUGAAAAUACAAUGGAAGAAGCUUUGUCUAGAUUUGGCACCAAUAAAAUUAAACCAGCCCCAAUCAUGCAAUACAACAAAUAUAUGUCGGGUAUAGACUUACAAGAUCAAUUGCAGUCCUUCCCAUCGUAAAACCAUACGAUGGUACAAAAAAGUAGGAAUUCAUAUUAUAGAGACCAUGUUAUAUAAUUCCUAUAUAUUAUACGAAAAAUAUUCUAAACCAAAGAUGUCGUUCCUAGAGUACCGUGAAUCAGUAGUUCAUGCAAUGGUACCAGAGAUUAAAGCCAAAGAGAAGCCAGGUCCAUCCACAGAAGACCCAGGGUUUCAACAUGGUCCAUCCAAACUAGAAAAAGGCACAGGUGAUAGAAGACUGCGCAAAAAAUGUCGAUGGUGUUCAAAACGUGGAGUUCGUAAAGAUACAAGCUUUUGUUGUAAGAGUUGCCCGGAACUACCCGGACUGUGUUUAGACCCUUGCUUUAAGGAAUAUCAUAAUAAUCUGUAAAAUCAGAUACAUAUUUUAAAUAAUGUAUUUGUUAAUACUUAGUUCCCUUUUCAUGAAAUAUGUACCUAUUUAGUUUUCAAACAUGUUUUUUUAUUCUAGUUGAACAAUGGACCUAUAUUUUUUUUAUUUUAUUACGUUUAUGACUUGUAACUUUUGUAGUUGCAUAGG